AUGAUUAAAAAAUCAUCAACCAUAAAGAUAAAAGGAAUUUUGACUAUAAUAGCAGGAUUCCUACUCAAUAUUACUAAUGGCUCGAUAUUUUUAUGGGGAACUAUUAAUAUCUACAUAACAUCUUACUUUAGGUAGAAAAAUGAUCCAGAUUUAUCUCUCAGUAUAGGAGGAGCUAUAUUUCCUCUUAUGACAGCAGCUUUUGCUACAGGAGUGCCUUUAGGAAUUAAAGGCAUUAAGAUUUUUGGAUAAGCUAGAUAUAUAUUGCUAAUAAGCUCAGCUAUUUCCUCUCUUUUGGUUAUUUUUUCUAGUUACGCCCAGAAAUUUUAUUAAUUUGCAAUUAUCUAUGGAGUUUUAAAUGGCUUGGCUGCAGGGUGCAUUUGUUUUAUUCCUAUCUAUAUGGGAUAUUUGCACUUUCCUAAUAACAAAGGACUUAUCUCUGGAAUUAAUACAUGUGGAUUCUCGUUUUGCUCAUUUUUAUUUGGAUUGUUGUUUACUAAACUAGUCAAUCCUGAUGGACUUUUACAGAAUUCAAAUCCUGACGGAUAUUCAUACUUUGAUGGUGAUUCCAUUUCUGUAGCGUAAAAUGUGCCUGAAGCUCUAAGAACAAUUGGAUACAUAUUUUUGAGUGUUUCGAUUUGUGCUUCCUUUCUCGUAUUUUAUCAUCCUAAUUAAAUUGGAGAAGAAGAAAAAAGACUUAAAAAAUAGCUUUAAUUAGCUUAACAAGAAAAGAAGCAUUUAUAAGAUAACUUGAUUUCAAUAGAAUAGGAGAUAAAAUAAGUUGAAUCAAAUAAUGAAUAAAAUAUAAAAUAAUUUUAAGAUCAAUAAGCUUAGCUUUAAAAUUACUAAUAACAUAGUUAACACUGUUAAGAGAUGCUGAUACACAAUCAAUAAAUUAUUGUCUAAAAGAUAAGAAUAUCAGAAAUUGAGGAAUAAGUUCUACAAGAAAAGAUAGAAAUAUCUCAUAAAAAAGAUGAAUAAACAAGUUAAGCAUACGCUAAUUAAAUAAUUAUUGACGAAAUUCAAUGCAAUGUAGAAUAUCCUACUAAUGUAAGAGACAAGAAAACUAGUGUAGAAAAGGAUUUUUAAAAGAUGCUUGAGCAGAUGUAAAACGAGCAUUAAAAUCAUAAUAAGGAAUAACAUAUCAAUGUAAAUGUGCAAGAAAAUGAGAUAAAUGCAUAAACUGCCUCAGAAGACUUAGCAAAAAAAGAAGAACAAAUCAAAGAAGAAUUAAAAAUGGCUAAAAAGUAAUAAGAAGAAAUAGACGAACUUGACAAAUUAGGAGCGCCUAACAUUUUAACAGCAUUAAAAUAGCCAAAAUUCUACUUGUCUAUAUUUUUAGCUAUUCUUUGUCUUAGUUUUGGAUCAUUAAUUAAUGCAAACUAUAAAUCAAUAGCCAAAGAUUAUGGAUUCAAAAGUGACAGUUUUCAAGCAAUAGUUGGUUCUCUAGCUGGUAUAGCAAAUGGAAUAUCAAGACCUAUUUGGGCAGGUUUGUUAGAUAAAUUCAAAUACAAGAACUUGUUAAUACUAGUUAUUUGCUUAUAGAUAGCUACAUGCUUAUCUCUCCAAGCUACUAAUCAAAGUAUGGUGUUUUUUGCUGUUUGGGUUUUUUUGAUAUAAUUUUUCUAUGGAGGAGUCUUGGGAAUGUUACCUGCAUUUUCUGCUUAACUAAACGGUGUAAAAAUAGGUUCAUAGCUAUUUGGUUUCUACUUUUAUGGAUUCAGCAUUGCAAAUCUGAUUUAAUUUAUAUUAGUUUUAGAGUUAAAAAAAGAGAUAGGUUUCAAUAAUAUCUUUUACAUUUGCUUAGGUCAACUAGUUUUGGCACUAAUAAUAAUUAAUUACUUUUAAUUUAAAAUAAAAUGGUCAAAAUACUAUUUAGUAUAGAAGCAAGAGACAUUGAAAACUUAAUCAAAUGAAAACAUUUAAAUAAAUACUAUAAGCAGCGAAAUAAAUUAAUUAAAAUUAGUUGUAACAAGCACAUAAUGA